GGCGGCGUGUCGGGGGGAACAGCCCUGGCUGGGCUCCUUUCUCCUGGGCACCCCUGGAUUUCUGAGGAAGGGCUCGGUUGGUGCGCCGCGCGCGGAGUCAUGUCGCAGUCGCAGUCCCAGUCCCAAUCCCAGUCCCAGUCCCAGUCCCAGACCAACUGGGAGGCGGAUAAGAUGUUGGAUGUCUACAUAUAUGACUAUUUUGUGAAGAGAAAUUUGCAGGAGACUGCAAAAGCCUUCCAAACGGAAGGGAAGGUCUCACCGGAUCCAGUUGCAAUUGAUGCUCCUGGUGGCUUCCUUUUUGAAUGGUGGUCAGUAUUUUGGGAUAUAUUCAUAGCACGGACAAAUGAGAAGCACUCAGAUAUUGCAGCAUCAUAUAUUCAGACUCAGUUAGUGAAAGCAAGGGAACAUCAACAGCAGCAGCAGCAACAACAACAGCCUCAGCAGCAGCAGCAGCAACAACAACAUCAAUCUCAGCAGCAGCAGCAACAUCAAUCUCAGCAGCAGCAACAACAGCAGCAACAACAACAACAACAGCAACAACAACAACAACAACAACAACAGCAACAACAGCAGCAACAGCAGCAACAACAACAACAGCAGCAGCAGCAGCAACAGCAACAACAGCAUCAUCAACAUCAACAACAACAAUCUCAACAGCAGCAGCAACAACAACAGCAAAUCCAAAUGCAACAAAUGUUAUUACAGAGAGCUGCACAGCAGCAACAGCAGCAGCAGCAGCGCAGAGAUGGUUCUCAUCUUCUUAAUGGUUCUGCAAGUGGGUUUUCUGGAAGUGAUCCUUUAAUGCGACAGAACCCAGCUACUGCCAAUGCUAUGGCAGCAAAAAUGUAUGAGGAGAGGUUAAAGCUCUCUUCUCAGCGAGAUUCUCUGGAUGAGGCAUCAAUGAAGGUGCAGCAAAGAUAUGGCGAAAAUGCUAGCCAAGUACUUGAUCCAAACCAAGCAUUGUUGAAAGCAGGUGCAAGCGGACAAUCUUCAGGGCAAAUUCUGCAUGGUACUGCUGGUGGGUUGUCAGGCGCUCUGCAACAAGUUCAGGCAAGAAGCCCGCAACUGGCUAUGCAAGAACAGACUAUCAAAACUGAGAUGAAUCCAGUUUUGACACCAAGAACUGCGGGUCCUGAGGGAUCAUUCAUUGGUGUACAAGGAUCUAAUCAAGGUGGAAGCAAUUUGACUCUGAAAGGUUGGCCACUCACGGGACUCGACCAGCUUCGCUCCGGCAUUCUGCAGCAGAAGUCAUUUAUGCAAUCUCCACAACAACAAUUUCAACAGCUUCAGUUUCUCAAUCCGCAACAGCAACAACAGCUUUUAAUGCAAGCACAGCAAAACAUGGCUUCGCCUACAGCUAGUGAUGUUGACACCAGAAGGUUAAGGAUGCUUCUUAAUAACAGAAAUAUGGUCAUUGGGCAGGAUGGGCAGACAAAUAGUGGUGGGGAUAUUAUUCCAAAUAUUGGUUCUCCUACUCAAAGUGGUGGAUCACGCACUGAUAUAGACAUGCUAAUAAAGAAGAAAAUUGCUCAUUUACAACAGUUGCAGCAGCAAAGUCAUAGCCAACAGCAACAACAACUUCAGCAAUCUACAGUCUCCAGUCAGCAGUCUCAGAGCUCAAACCAGCUUCACCAGCAACAGGAAAAAUCUGGAGUUGGAUGCAUGCCUAUUGACGGAAGCAUACCAAACUCUUUUGUAGUAACUGACCAAGCAUCAAAGAAGAGAAAGAAACCUGUCUCGUCCUCAGGGAGAGCUAAUAGUUCAGGAACAGCAAAUACUGCUGGGCCAUCUCCAAGUUCUGCGCCUUCGACACCUUCCACUCAAACCCCAGGAGAUGCAAUGUCCAUGCCACAGCUGCUGCAUAAUGGUGGUCCAUCGAAACCAUUAAUGAUGUUUGGUUCCGAUGGCACAGGAAGCUUGACCUCUCCAGUAAACCCACUGGGUGACGUGGACCGUUUGCUGGAAGAUGGCUCCUUGGAUGACAAUGUAGACUCUUUUUUAUCACAGGAGGACUUGGAUCCUCGAGAAACCAUGGGACGCUCUAUGGAUGCUAGUAAAGGGUCUAGUUUUUCUGAGGUUGCAAAAGCCCGUGCAAGUACAGGCAAGGUUAUUUGUUGCCAUUUCUCGUCAGAUGGAAAACUACUUGCCACCGGAGGCCAUGACAAGAAGGCUGUUUUAUGGUUUACAGAUGCCCUAAACCCCAAAUCUACAUUAGAAGAGCAUUCUAUGCUAAUUACAGAUGUCCGAUUUAGCCCAAGCAUGACCCGCCUCGCAACAUCUUCCUUUGACAAAACCGUACGGGUUUGGGAUGCUGACAAUCCAGGUUAUUCACUCCGUACUUUCACGGGUCAUUCAGCUUCUGUUAAGUCACUUGAUUUUCAUUCAAAUAAAGAAGACAUCAUUUGCUCCUGUGAUAGUGAUGGGGAAGUGCGCUGUUGGAGCAUAAAUAAUGGUAGCUGUGUGACAUGUGUUAGGGUCUUCAACGGAGGUGCUACUCAGUUGAGAUUUCAACCUCGUCAAGGGAAAUAUAUUGCAGCUGCCUCGGAGAAGACGGUAUCGAUACUCGAUGCAGAAACACUACAAGUUUGUAGAAGUGCUUUACAGGGACACGUAAAGAGUAUUCAGUCGAUUUGUUGGGAUGCUGCGGGUGACUAUCUCGCCUCUGUAAGUGAAGAUUCUGUCAAGGUGUGGUCAUUUACUUCGGGAAAUGAUGGCGAGCGUGUGCAUGAAUUGAAUUGCAGCGGAAACAAGUUUAAUUCUUGUGUUUUUCAUCCAAAUUAUCCAUCGUUGCUUGUAAUUGGUUGUUAUGAGUCCAUAGAACUUUGGGACAUAAGGGAGAAGAAUACUGUGACCAUCAGCAAUGCACACGAUGGCUUAAUUGCAGCCCUAGCGGCAUCAAAUGCAUCAGGGCUGGUUGCCUCAGUAAGUCAUGAUAAGCUUGUCAAGCUCUGGAAAUGAGAUCAGCAGCAACCUUCCUUGACAUCACAUAUUACAUGUUGGUCCUUGCGGGCAUCUGUUGUCCGGCUACCGCCAGUGUUAUAUGAUGAAGAAACAGGGUGGUUGUCUGCUGCGGAUGAACACAUGACGAACGGCAGCUAACGAAAUGUAUCCAACUCUGUUGAAGAAGUAACCCAAAUUGUUGUCUCUGUUGCUGCAUGUGCUCUUGCGUAGGCUUUGUAACCAUACUUCUAGAAUGUACAAUACUCUCUAGUGGCUUGCGCAAACGCUAGAGCGUUAUCAUGGAUUGAUCACAGGCACGGGGACCUUUAAUGUAUCGUGCUGACUCCAUAUUUGUUAAUUCUGUUUUCUCUUA